AUGACUAUUGGUGACAAGGCCAAAUGGACGGCUACUAAUGUCCGUUCCACAUUUUUGGAUUACUUCAAAUCUAAAGGACAUACUUUUGUGCCAUCAUCUCCUGUUAUUCCAUACGAUGAUCCAACUUUGUUGUUUGCCAAUGCCGGUAUGAACCAAUAUAAACCUAUCUUUUUGGGUACUGUUGAUCCUUCCAGUGAUUUCUACAAGCUAAAAAGAGCUACCAACUCUCAAAAGUGUAUCAGAGCUGGUGGUAAGCACAACGAUUUAGAAGAUGUUGGUAGAGAUUCUUAUCAUCAUACAUUUUUCGAAAUGUUGGGUAACUGGUCUUUCGGUGACUACUUCAAGAAGGAAGCUAUUGAAUAUUCUUGGGAGCUAUUGACUAAAGUCUAUGGUAUUCCAGGUGACAGAUUAUAUGUUACCUAUUUCGAGGGUGAUGAGAAGCUAGGCUUGGAACCUGACUUCGAAGCUCGCGACUUGUGGAAGGCUGUCGGUGUUGCGGAUGAUCACAUUUUGCCAGGUAACGCCAAGGACAACUUCUGGGAGAUGGGUGAACAAGGUCCAUGUGGUCCAUGUUCCGAAGUUCAUUAUGAUAGAAUCGGUGGUAGAAAUGCAUCUUCCCUUGUCAACCAAGAUGACCCAGAUGUGUUGGAAAUCUGGAACAACGUGUUCAUCCAAUUCAACAGAGAACAAGACGGUUCUCUAAGACCUUUACCAGCUAAGCAUGUUGAUACUGGUAUGGGUUUCGAAAGAUUGGUCUCUGUGUUGCAUGAUGUUAGAUCCAACUAUGAUACCGAUGUUUUCGAGCCAUUAUUUAAGAGAAUUCAAGAAAUUACUGGUGUUAGACCUUACUCUGGUAAGUUUGGCGCUGAAGAUGUAGAUGGUAUCGACACCGCUUAUCGUGUGUUGGCUGAUCACGUCCGUACCUUGACUUUUGCUUUGGCUGAUGGUGGUGUUCCAAACAACGAAGGUAGAGGUUACGUCUUGAGAAGAAUCUUGAGACGUGGUGCCCGUUACGCUAGAAAAUACAUGAAUUACCCAAUCGGUAACUUCUUCUCCCAAUUAUCUGUUACUUUGAUUGAACAAGUUAAAGAUAUGUUCCCAGAAGUUGCUAAGGAUCCAUCUUACUUAUUCGAGAUCUUAGAUGAGGAAGAAGCUUCUUUCGCUAAGACUUUGGACCGUGGUGAAAAGCUAUUCGAAAAGUAUGCUGAAGAAACGAUGAAGAAGAGCGAUAAGACUUUGGAUGGUAAGCAAGUCUGGAGAUUAUAUGAUACUUAUGGUUUCCCUGUUGAUUUGACUGAAUUAAUGGCAGAAGAACAAGGUUUGAAAAUUGACACUGAAGGAUUUGAGAAGGCUAAGAAAGAAUCUUAUGAAGCUUCCAAGCAAGGUGGUAAGAAGGGUACUUCCAACCUUAUUAAGUUAAAUGUUCACGAAUUGUCUCAACUUAACGAAAGCAAUGUUCCUAAGACUGACGAUUCUUUCAAAUAUGGUACGGAGAACAUUGAAGCUACCAUCUUGAGAAUCCAUGAUGGUGAAGCUUUCGUUGACUCUAUGACUGAAGUUGGUAAACAAUACGGUAUCGUUUUGGACAAGACUUGUUUUUAUGCUGAACAAGGUGGUCAAGAAUAUGACACUGGUAAAAUCGUCAUUGAUGGUCAAGCCGAAUUUAACGUCGAAAACGUACAGGUUUACAAUGGUUAUGUUUUCCAUACUGGUAUCUUGGGUGAUGGUGAAUUGUCUACUGGUGACAAGAUCAUUGCAUCAUACGAAGAACUACGUCGUCAUCCAUUGAGAAAUAACCACACUGGUACACAUAUCUUGAAUUUCGCACUAAAAGAAGUUUUAGGUAAUGAUGUUGAUCAAAAGGGUUCUUUGGUUGCUCCAGAAAAGCUAAGAUUUGAUUUCUCACACAAGAGAGCUUUAUCUUACGAAGAAUUGGUGGAUGUUGAAAAGAUCACAAAUGAAAAGAUCAAGGAAAACUUAACUGUUUACUACAAGGAUGUUGCUUUAGAUUUGGCCAAAACCAUCUCCUCCGUCCGUGCUGUUUUCGGUGAAACUUACCCAGAUCCAGUCCGUGUUGUCUCCGUCGGUAAACCUGUUGACGAAAUCUUAGAAAACCCAUCUAGUGAAGAAUGGUCUAAAUACUCGGUUGAAUUCUGCGGUGGUACACAUGUAUCCAAGACUGGUGAUAUCAAGGAAUUUGUUAUUGUCGAAGAAAGUGGUAUCGCCAAGGGUAUCAGAAGAAUAGUUGCUGUAUCUGGUCCAGAGGCUUAUGAAGUUCAAAGAGUUGCUGUUGAAUUUGACGGUGAAUUAGAUGCUGUUGACAAGUUGCCAUUCUCCGCUCUUAAGGCCCAAAAGGUUAAGGAACUAGGUGUCAGAUUAGGACAACUAAACAUUUCUGUUAUCUCAAAGACUGAUUUGAAGGAGAAAUUCAACAAGAUUGAGAAGGAAGUGAAGGAUGAAAUGAAGGUUAGAGCCAAGAAGGAAAUCAAACAAACCGUUGACGAUGUUAAGCAAUACUUUGAAGAAAACAAAGAUGCUUCAUUCUAUGUAAAGCACAUCGACAUUCCAACUAACGCCAAGGCUAUCACAGAAGCUAUCAAUCACAUCAAGACCAAUUUGAAGGAUAAGUCCAUCUAUCUGUUCACUGGUAACGAUGCUAACGGCAAGGUUGCUCAUGGUUGUUACAUUUCUGAUGCUGCUAUUUCAAAGGGUGUGGAUGGGUCUAGCUUAGCUAAGAAAGUGUCUGCUAACAUUGGUGGUAAAGCCGGUGGUAAGGGCAAUGUAUUCCAAGGUAUGGGUGACAAGCCAAGCAGCAUUGACUCAGCCAUCUCAGAAGUUUCUGACUUGUUGAAGGAAAAGUUGACCAUUUAA